AUGGCAGAGAAGGUUAUCGACGACACUACCGUCGUCCCAGUAGAAAUUGAUACUUCAGUCCAAGAUGUAGAGACGUCUGGCUUUGAUGCGGCGGGGACGAAGAAGCUACUGCGGAAGCUAGACUGGCAUCUUAUUCCCUUCAUGUCUCUGAUCUAUCUGCUUUGUUUUCUCGAUCGCACAAACAUUGGCAACGCGCGUCUCGAUCAUCUAGAGCAAGACCUCAACCUUCAUGGGCUUCAGUACAAUGACUGUCUCGCCGUUCUCUUCCCGUUUUACAUUGCGGCUGAGAUACCCUCUAAUAUCAUGAUGAAGCGUACCAGGCCUUCUAUCUGGCUGACAUUCAUCAUGUUCUUCUGGUCACUGGCCAUGAUCCUGCAGGGUUUCGUUAAGAACUACUCUGGCCUCAUGGCGACGCGCGUGUUUCUUGGUGUCUUUGAAGGCGGCCUGUUCCCAGGCGUCAACUACUACAUAUCACAGUGGUAUGUUCGAGAUGAAUGUGGCUUCCGCAUGGCUCUUUUCUUCUCGGCUGCAACGCUUGCCGGCGCAUUCGGUGGCAUCCUCGCUCGCGGCAUCGCAGAAAUGUCUGGAGUCGGUGGCCGAGCCGCUUGGUCGUGGAUCUUUAUCCUAGAAGGCAUUCUCAGCAUUCUCGUCUCCAUAAUCGCAUACUGGUGCAUCUACGACUACCCCGCUACCGCGCGCUUCCUCACCCCCAAAGAGCGUACAGAAGUGCAACGCCGUCUGGACCAAGACCACGGACACCUCUCCAACGACUUUUCGAUGAAAUACGUGUACCAGGCGCUGACGGACUGGAAAAUCUACAUCUUCAUGCUCAUCUGCAUGGCGGGCUUCUGCCCCAUCUACUCCUUCGCCCUGUUCCUGCCUACCAUUAUCAAAAACAUGGGCUACACGGCCAACGACGCGCAGCUCAUGAGCGUGCCGCCCUACGUGUGCGCGUGCAUCUUCACCAUUGCCGCGUCAUGGUAUGCCGACCGGGUCAAGAAACGUGGCAUCUUCCUCAUGGGCUUCCAGCUCAUCGCCAUCGCCGGCUUUGCCAUGCUCGCGGCCACAAGCACCCUGAGCAUACAGUACGCCGGCACCGUGCUGGCUGCCAUUGGCAUUUACCCCCAGAUCCCGCUCGGCAUGGCGUGGAACAGCGGCAACAUUGGCGGCAGUCUCAAGCGUGGCACAGGCAUCGCCAUGCAGGUUAUGGGCGGGAACUGCGGCGGCAUCAUCGCUUCGUACGUCUAUGUUUCGCGUGACGGGCCGCGCUUCAUCACAGGCCACAGCAUCUUGAUUGGUUUUGUCAGUUAA